AUGGCGGACGGUUGCAAUUCCGAACCUACGAAUAGGGACCUUAUGGAGAUUAUGAAAUCUAUAAGUAAUCGACUAGAGUCCGUAGAGAAUAAAUUAAAAAUUGUUGAAGUCAUUGAGAAGAGGAUCGGGGACAUGGAGACGGACAUCAAAAAGUUGUGGAUGGCAUUGGACGAGCGGAUGAAGAAGGUGGACGAUCGAGUGAAGCGGGUUGAAGACAAGGUGGACGGGGCGGACAUCCACGCAGCGCAGAUGGCGUCACGUAUCGACGAGCUCGAAAAGGAGCGAGAAGCCAUGCGCGAUGAUGUUUCGUAUUUCCAGUCACAGAGCAUGAGAAAUAAUCUUAUGUUCACCAGUGUUCAGGAAGACAACGCUUCGGGUAACGAGACGCCGGAAGUGACGGAGCGUAAGCUUCGUCAACAUCUCGAGGACGCUUUCCACAUUGCACGUGAGUUGGUGGAUUCCAUUAAAUUCGAACGUGUGCAUCGUUCCCCUGGCGUACCGACUGCGGGAAAAGUAAGGAACAUUGUGGCGAAGUUUUCGUACUUCAAAGACAGGGAAAUGGUGCGAAAGCGGUGGAAAGAACUCGAUGGAACUGUUUUCGGGGUGUUUCCACAGGAUGUGAUUCAGAAGAGGCGAAAACUGGUUCCCAAGAUGAAAGACGCGAGGCGGCAAGGGAAGCGUGCGUACCUUGCUUACGACACCCUCUAUAUAGAUGGGGUACCGCAGCGCGCAUAG